AAAUAAUAAAUGCAUUGCACAAAUGAGAACUAUAUACAUCUUUCAUACUGUUUCAGAACCAACACAGAUUCGCAGAUACCUGAGGUCAAGAAAUGUACUAAGUGUUCAUAUUUUGUUACUGUCUUGAGCACACUUCCCCCAACCCCUUCCUCCUCCUCCUACUCUAUACAGCCAAUAUUUCUCAGCACUCUUUACUACAUGCGAGGGAGGAUGAGUCGCAUGAUCACAAGAACAGAAUGUCCUUCAAACUGGAUUGUCUGCUUGAUAAGGUUACACAAAAGAACGAGCGACAGAGUGAACGAGCAACCAGCUACCUCAACAUAUCCUUUACUGGCUUCCAUGAUGAUAAAUGUGAGUAAGAGUCAUUGUUCAUAUUUCCAUCUAGUAUUACUAUAAAUUGUUUAAUAUUAU